AUGCUCAGAUCGUGUAACAUUAGAAGUGUGCUGUCAGUAAGAUGCUUGUCUCAGGGCACGAGGCUCCAAUUUCUGUCGAAAAACUCCAUCCUUGCGAAAUACAAAUCAGAACAAGAUGAUGUAGUAGAGUCGCCAACGGCAAUGGCGACCGAUUCACAUCUCCCAUUAUCAGAACAUGUUUUCAAAAAACCGCCUCGUCAACCAACAAGUAAAGCUCCUUUCUUGUCAGAGCAAGAGGAUGAUGGUAAGCUUCGUCCUUCUGGGUUUGCCGAGAAGAUCGGACAAUGGGUCAUCUCGACAUUCUCCAUGGAUAUGGAUAAGUCAAGAAGUGGACCCGUUGCAGGUGGUUUGUAUUUUGCAGAGUGUAAAAAGCAAGCGUUGACGUACCCUGAUGAACCAAUGAGUGACACAGCCAAAUUUUAUUACCAGACCUUGGGGUUGCCAGUUUCGUUUUCACAACAAGUUCAAAUUACUAUCUUGCACUACUGGAUUUUAUCGGUGCGAAUGAGAGCCUUACCUUUUAAAUAUUCCAAAGAAUACCAACAGAAGUUGGUGGAUAGGAUCUUUAAAGAUUUGGAAGUGAGGAUGGGUACUGAGUUGAAAAUCAAGUCAAAUAGAAUCAUUGAAGGGUACUUGAAAGAUUACCAUACUCAGUUAUUAGGUUGUGUGUUGAGCUACGAUGAAGGUUUAAUGACUGACGAUAUUACACUUGCUGCGGCAUUGUGGAGAAACGUGUUUAACGCCGAUGCAAAUGUUGAUAUUAGACACGUUGAAGCAUUAUUGGUUUACGUUAGAUCACAACUUUACGUUUUAAAUAAAAUGACUGAUAGGGCAUUUGGAUUUGGUAAGUUUAAAUUUGUGCCACCAGACCAAGUUGUUACUCCAAUCAGCAAACACCAGGAGGAGUUGAUUAAACAAAAAACCAAAGAAGAAUUUGCAACAAUGACACUGCCCGCACAUAAAUCGGUUUUAUCAAUGGAUGAAUAA